UUUUCCCUCUAAGGACCCAUGGGAGUGCCCGGGUGGGACUUAAAUUUUCUUCUGGUUCCUUUUCUUGGUUCAGAUGACAACCACGAUAGGCUAAUAUCUAAAGGCACAACCGUAAGAAAGAGAGGGAGAGAGCAUUGCAUCGGGUUCAGAGCCUUGCUCUACACCAGGCAUCUUGCAACACGCUCCGUGUGCGUUUUGCAGGAACCCUCAGGGGAAGCCCACUGAGGUUCCCACCUCACUCCUGAGAUCACAGGCGGCACAGGUGAAAUAACUCAGGGGACCACGGCUGAGCUUGGGGCCUGAACACCCUUCUUCACUUUCAUUUUGAAGAAGGAGAGAAGUUGCUUUGCUAAGACUGGCAAGUGCUUAUACGUGGCUUUCCUCCUGCUACUGUUCUUUUAUUGAACAGCACACACAAAACUUAACUGGCACUGAACAGAGCUGUUUUCUAGGGUCCCCACUGAAAGCAUGUGGGCUGGGGGCUGAGGCGCUUUUCGUCUGUCUUUGUUCUGUGAUCAAUAACUAUCUGAACCUCACCACGCUCUGAAGUAGUCAUGAAUCUCACCAUUUCAAAGAAGGGGAAAUGGAGACCCAGAGAGGUCACACAGCUGGUAGGUGGCAGAGUUUUGGCUCAAACCCAGGAAAAUAUGUUGUGUCAGGGAGGGGGGUUAACUGGGAGUGGCUCAGGAUCCCAGGCUGGUUGGUUCCCAGGUUCCUGUUAUAUUUUCCCAAGGAGACAGACAUGUCAGGGGCACUGGGUAACUGAAUUUAACUUGUUCCCCAGCAGGUUUUCCUUUUAACUGAUCCCUCAUCCCAUUUUGCAAUUUCUGGUUCAGCAGCCAGAAGACUCAGUGGGGGAGGCAAGCCCAGCCUUCACUGCAUGGACCCCAUUUUCUCUUUGGGGUCAGGGGACUGCAGGAGGAGGAAGAGAGAGAGGCGCACCCAGGAGCAGGUUUUUCAGGAAUCAAAACUCUUUUCAUGGCUAGGCAAAGCAUCAGUGGGUUGGACGGGUAUGACAGUCUCGGGGGUAGUGUUUAGUGAGUGAAGUUCAGGCUGGGUGACCCCAGGGGUUGUAAUGCCCAUCACCUGCCCCCAGAAAGAUGCAAACAUUCCAUCCACAAGAGCAAGCCACACUGCCCAGCGCAGAGCUGGUAAACAGGUCAUCCCCUAGUGCUGCCCACUCAGAAUCCAGCAAGAACCCAGAGGUCAAAGGGUUGGGCUGCUGCCCUGGAAGGGUAACUUGGCCUUCCCAAGAAAGGCCCUGCUUUGCAUUCCCACGGUGUUCUCAGGGGCAGACACUUUCUCUCCCAGCUCCAUGCACUGCUGGCUCAGCGUCCACCAGUUCUCUCAGUCCCCGCAGGGCAGCUGGCUUGGGUUUAUGGGAGCCUGCCUGGGAGGAUUGGGGCCAUUUGGAAAGUUCCUCUUUGAGCCUUGAGGCAUCCUGCUUAGGACCAUUAACUCUGGCAGAGGGGAGGCAGAAACAGAGGCCUUGGAGGAGCGCCCAUCCCCUGCCCAGGCCAUCUGAGCACACACCUAUCCAGUAGUGGACACUCACUCUUUCAUCCAGUCAAAUGCUGUUAAUAGUUCCUGAGACCCUACUGCAUGCCUGGCCCAUGGCUAGACACAGAACCACUACAGUGAACCUGGCAAUCACAGCAGCGGAUCCCUGGGGACACUCUGCAGGGGACCCACACAGGACCAGCGUCCCACCUGCUCAGGGCACUCAGGACAGCCUUCCAGCAUUGGAGUCUGAACCUUGAGCAGAAGAUUCUGGAGGUAUUGAGGGAUGCUGGCUCCCCUGUGAAGACUGCCCAACUGUUAAAGAAAUUGCAAGUGCCCAAGAAGAAGCUCAACCAGCUCCUCCACAAGAUGAAGCAGGAGUCAAAAGGAGUCAUGCUCGCAGGCCCUGCGACGUGGUGCUUGGGCGACGGCGGGACCAAAGAAGUGGUUCCCACAGAGCGGGCGGAGAGGCCCCAGCAAGACGCAGUUGCAAUUCCAAAGAAGCCGGGCCCCCAGCUCAGUAAACAGGAGGAAGAGAUCUACCAGUUUCUGGAAGCCCAUGGGCCCCAUAAAGCCCUGAUGAUCGCCAAGGCCCUGGGGAUGAAGACAGCAAAGGAAGUCAACCCAGACUUGUAUGCAAUGAGGGACAAGCACCUCCUGGACUUUGACCAGAAAUCAAACUCUUGGACAAUUUAUCGAUCAGAAGGUUCUAGAAAUCAGUCCACCCCAGUUAUUUACCAGCAAAAUCCAAUCAACAUGAUCUGUCAGAAGGGACCAAACAGCCACAUUUCCAUCCAGAACUGUGAAGAUAUCCAGAUUGGACACGGGAAUCUCCUAGUGAGACAAAUGGGCUCUGCAGAAAACGGCUCCACGGCUCCCUCCUACCUCCCUCCAAUGGCUUCUGCUGAUCCCUCAACUCUGGAUUCCCUGGCUGGAUCCUGGGGGCCCCAGGACAUCCGGAUGGAGAAGUCUGUGCUCAGGCGAGUUCAGAUGGGGCAUGGCAAUGAGAUGAGACUUCACAGCAACCCAGCCAAGGGCUCUGCCCGCGGUGCCUGUGACAGCCCCCCAGCCUCUGUCUUGGGCACCAGCCCAGAAGCUUCCAUCGAAAUUCAAAUCCCUGAACCAGGACCUCAGUCUGAAGGGGUCACCUCCCAGAGAGUCCACAUUCGCUCCUGCUUCCUCGAGGACACCACUGUCGGCAACAGCAACAGGAUGAUGGUCCACCCAGGGGCAGCUGAUGUCAAGGGAGUCAAAAGGCCUGGGGAAACAGGAGGGGACGCAGAGCCUCCCCACCGAGAUGCACCAUCCAGAAGCGAGGUCCCUCCUGUUGGCAGUCAGGCCGACCCCGUCAGCGCUGAGACGCUCAUCUCAGAAAAGCUGACAGCGAUGACCCUUGAGAGGCGUGGCUCCGAAAGGACAGAAGACACCUGCUGAGUGAAGGACCCGAAGAGCCGGUGUCCCGGGGCGGGGGCGGGGGUGGAACUCAGAGCAAACAGCCUGGAGGCAGACGCACACAGAAAGAGCCUGGGGGAGGGUGAGCUCUCUGCUGCCAUAAAUGUCAUUUUUUACCUUCUCGCCUCCGGACACACGACCACUGUGGGUCAGCAUUUGGGCUGGACCCGGCGUGGUGCGAGGGCUGUGUCGAGGCAGUCUGAGUGCAGCUUGGAAUAGAGUUUCCAGACCCAGA